AUGGCACGCACAUUUACUCUCCUCAUCCUAUUCCUACACACUCUGCAUCUAGUUCCUUCGACCAUCGCCGUCGACGCCGAAUUGCUCCGUAACCGCAACCAUGACUCUCGUCCCGCCAUGGUUCUUCCUCUAUUCCUCACUUCUCCCAAUUCAUCCACGUCAGCGCUCGAUCCUCGCCGCCAGCUCCACGGAUCGGAAGCCAAACGCCACCCUAACGCUCGCAUGAGACUCCACGAUGAUCUCCUCAUCAACGGGUACUACACAACGCGGCUUUGGAUCGGUACUCCUCCGCAGAUGUUUGCUCUUAUUGUUGACACGGGGAGUACUGUUACAUAUGUUCCGUGCUCCACCUGCGAACAAUGUGGAAGACAUCAGGAUCCAAAGUUUCAGCCAGACUUGUCAAGCACCUAUCACCCUGUCAAAUGUUCAAUGGAUUGCAACUGUGACGAUGACAAAGUGCAAUGUGUGUAUGAAAGACAGUAUGCUGAAAUGAGUACUAGUAGUGGUGUCCUUGGAGAGGAUGUCAUAUCCUUUGGAAAUCAGAGUGAGCUUGCGCCGCAGCGUGCUGUUUUUGGCUGUGAAAAUGUUGAGACUGGUGAUCUUUACAGUCAGCAUGCUGAUGGCAUUAUGGGUUUGGGCCGAGGAGAUCUUAGUAUCAUGGAUCAGCUGGUUGACAAAAAUUUGGUGAAUGACUCAUUCUCUCUAUGCUAUGGUGGAAUGGAUGUUGGUGGGGGCGCAAUGGUUCUUGGCGGCAUAUCUCCCCCAUCAGACAUGGUCUUUGCAAACUCAGAUCCUGUGCGCAGUCCCUAUUACAAUAUUGAUUUGAAGGAGAUACAUGUUGCGGGGAAGCGACUGCCUCUAAACCCAAGUGUUUUUGAUGGAAAACAUGGAACAGUCUUGGAUAGUGGUACAACUUAUGCAUACCUACCAGAAGAAGUAUUUCUUGCAUUUAAAGAAGCUAUUGUGAAUGAACUUCAAUCUUUCAAUCAAAUCAGUGGUCCAGAUCCAAAUUACAAUGAUUUAUGUUUUUCUGGUGCUGGAAUUGAUGCCUCACAACUCUCUAAAAAUUUUCCAGUGGUUGACAUGGUGUUUGGAAAUGGUCACAAGUACUCACUGUCACCUGAAAAUUACAUGUUCAGGCAUUCAAAAGUAAAAGGUGCAUAUUGUCUGGGAAUUUUUCAAAAUGGAAAGGAUCCAACUACUCUUUUAGGAGGUAUCGUUGUCCGAAACACUCUUGUUAUGUAUGACCGCGAGCAGACAAAAAUUGGUUUUUGGAAAACCAACUGUGCUGAGUUAUGGGAAAGAUUGCAGUUAUCCAUGACCCCACCACCAAUGCUUCCAAAUACAGAAGCUAUAAAUUCUACCAAAUCAGUAGGGCCCUCAGUUGCUCCAUCUGUUUCACAACAUGGGAUACCUGCAGGUACAUUCCAAAUUGCACAAAUAACAAUAGCACUUUCAUUUAACAUCAGCUACGGGGAUAUGAAGCCUCACCUUACUGAAUUAGCUGGACUAAUAGCUCAUGAGUUAGAUGUUAAUACUUCCCAGAUUCAAUUACUGAAUUUUACUUCUUCUGGAAAUGACUCCCUCUCUAGAUGGGCCAUAACCCCGAGGCCACAUGCUGAGUACUUUUCUAACACCACUGUAAUGAGUAUAAUUGGACGGCUUGAACACCACAUGGAACUUCCCAAUACCUUUGGAAAUUAUAAGUUGAUUGAUUGGAAUGUUGAACCUCUAUCAAAAAGGAAUUGGUGGCAGCGAUAUUACAAGGUUGUGGGUUUAGUUGUUCUGCUUACUUUGCUUCUAGGAUUAUCAGCAUAUGGAAUAUUCUUAAUUUGGAAAAAAAGACAGCAAAGUGAGCAUUCAUACAAGCCUGUUGAUGUGGCUCUUUCUGAGCAAGAACUCCAGCCAUUAUGA